AUGUCGAGAUCCCGUGGACCUCAGAGUCCUGUCCGGUAUCACGAUGAUUUCGAUGCAUAUGAUUAUGGAAACUACGAUCAAUAUGAAAGAGACGAUUAUUAUGGAGAAGAACGGAGUGAAAGAGAUCAAAGUCGAGGAGGAACCGGGCAAGGCGAUUAUGAGACAAAUCAAAGGAAAAAUGGUGGAGCAAGUGGAGCAAGUGGAGCAAGUGGAGCACAUAAGGGGAAUGUGAAUUUCGGCGCCUGGGAAGGCGAGGAUACUUAUGAAGCGCCUCCACGACGCGUUCAUCAAAUUGAGAUUGACAGCUAUGGAGCUCACGAUGAUUCAAAGUAUGGAUAUCGAGAUGAAAGCCGUAGAAGUAAUGUUCGCACUAGAGAGCCAUCGCCGGUGAAACGAGUGAGAGAGGAGGAGCGCGCGAGUCCGGUCAAGGGAUCGGUUAGAGAUGAUCGAAUGGUGCGUGAUUCGCGCGGUCGACACACCGAGGAAAAUAGCCCAAUUCCACCACCACCACCACCACCCAAUGGUUACCCUGGAUACGCCGGUAUCCAGAACUUUCACACACCUGGCCAGAAGAAAGCGAUGCAAGUAGAGAAACGAGAAAACGAGAAUUCCAGGCUUGUCGUCAAGAACACGACGAUUUCGAUCGGUCCAACACCAGCAGCGCCAGCAAAGAGAACGAAUUUUGAGUUGUCGCCUGAUCGUCGCCCUGCUCCGCCUCAACAUGGACAUACUGGAGGACCAGUGAAAGCAAUUCUUAACGCAAUCAAAAUGACAAACACGAGAGAUACUUUGCCUAGAGGAAAAGAGACUUAUGAGGAAAAGGUGCAAAAGGAGAAUCAGCAAGAACGCUGUGAAGAUAUUAAAAUGCUGUCAGCUCAAAGUAAAGUCUCAACGAAUCCCUUUAUGAAAAGCAAUGAGAGAAAAUCUGGAGGAGCAUCGGUGCGGCACGAUCCACCCACGAGGCCACACAAUGUUCAUGAGGUGGUCCACAAGAUGAACACCGGUGACUGGCCGAUCAAAUUGGAAGACGGGAACGAGAGCUUUCGAGAGCACAGACAGGAUCGAAGCUAUUCGCGGGGAAAUGAACGUGAUCCGCCAGCCAUUCCGGCUCACGAGAGAACCAGGAGAGUCACCAUGGAUGAGAAUGAACGGCGUUAUGCUGAGGAACAACGGAUUCGAGAGGAGGAACGUCGCAGAGAUGAGGAAAGAACAAGACAGCUUGAGGAGCAACGCCGUCGCGAAGAGCAAAUGAAACAGCGUGAACGAGAUCGACAAGAUGAAAGACGACGAGAAGAUGAAAAGAGAAAAGAUGAUGAAAGAAUUGAGGUGGAAAGGAGACAAAGAGAAGAGGAGAGGAGAAUGAAUGAGGAACGUCGAAAGGAGCAAGAGCGUCGAGAGGAAGAAAGGAGACAAAUCGAGGAACAACGCCGUCGAGAUGAGGAACGUCGGAGAGAUGAAGAAAGAGAUCGAGCUGCGAGGGAAGAUGAUGAAAGGCAAAGGAAAUUGACUCAAGAAAGAAUUGAACUCGAGCGUAUUUCUUUGGAAAAACGCCGCGACGAGGAGAAAGCGAAAGAAAGAGCUCGCCAAGAACAGGAAGAGAAAGAGGGUCGUCGAAGUGCCGACUCGCAACAAGAUGAUCCAAUUGGUAGAUCUCGAGGACCAUCACGAGCUCAAAAAAAUGCUCCUUCUCCAUCUGGCUCUUCACAAGGCGCUGACCCAACGACAGCUUCAACCGAUUCAGCGAUGGGAAGCGAUGAAUUACCUCCAUCAAUGGCACCGAUUAAGGCAAGUUUCCAAGCUGGAACAAUGGUUCGUCACUUGCCUGAGUCGAUUCGUGAACUCAACGAUGAAGCCGAACGCCUUCUUCUUUAUUUCAAAGGACACCGUGAAGUCCUCAAUUAUUUAGGAAUUGGCCUCUCAGAAACUCUCUGGAGUCAUAUGAGCGCUUUACCAAUGCUUCACACUGAGAUCCGAUGUCAGGGAAUGAAGGAAAUCCCAAUGCAAUUACGAAAAUCCGAUCGCGAUAUUCGAAGCUUGGCAAGAGAAAAGUUUGAACCGAAUCGCCCACAAAAUAACGUGCCAUCGAUCGAUGCAAAGCACCUUGAAAGUCGUCGACCGUCCGCCGAAUCAUUCGGCUCGGUGAACACCUCAUUGUUGGAGAAAGCUCUUUGCACGGAUGAUGUGAAUGAAGGACUGAGGAGGACACAGUCGUCAUCGGCUUUAGCCACAUAUAGCCCUCAGGGAGUUCAAGGGAUUCUCCCGCUCGCACCGCCGCCAAACCUUAACGCAGCCCACGAGAGGUGGCAGUUUUGGAAAAAAAGUGGCCGCUUUAUGAAAAAAUCGGCGGCAGCGAUCAUCGCAAAGAAACAACACGAGAGUGGAAGUCCGUCACAAGGGAAACGAUCAGCGAUUAAUCUUGAUGGUCCGCCAAGUGGAGUACAACGAUCGGCGAGUGGAAACGAGAUGAAUAUUGCGAUCGUGCACCCUAGCCCAAAAUCAAUGAUCGCUUACGAGCAAUUUCGACGAAAUUUGGAAGACGAACGAGAGAAACAAAUUCGAGAAGAGAGGGAAAAUGAAAGAAAUGAAAGAAAUGAAAGAAAUGAAAGAAAUGAGAGAGAUGGAUAUGCAAAAUAUAAAAGAGAUUCAAAAAAGCAACGAGAUGAGCCACAUAAUGGGAGAAAGCGAUCCGAGGAGUGCAAGUACGAUACAGUGAACUCAGAGACGCCAAUCCUCGAACGGGAAGCCUAUUUUACUUAUGAGAACACGCGUAAGGGAAAGGAAUUUUACAAAACAAAUCCGGAUAUCGAGUACAAGCGUGGUGAAAGCGGCGAAAUCGAUCGCACUCCACGUCCAAGAGAUUCACAGCCAUACGGCCGCGAGCUGUGGAUUCGCGACUCGUUGGGACGGCGUCAGUCAAAGGUCGGUCAACAGAUGAUUAGCGCCUAUCAAAAUCAGGCAGCACACAGAGAGUGGAUCAGCCCGUAUCGCGUCAAGCCAGCCCGUGGCGUGCCCGUUCCCAAUGCAAGUAUGGGCCGAUCGGUCUCUAGGAAAUCGAUUCGAAAGAGGGAUUCGGUUCGUCGUAAAGACUCGCAACGUCGACGGAAACCCCGAGCCGCUGUCGCCUUCAGUCACAUAUUCACAAGCAUUUUU